AUGGCGCUGUGGCUGGCUCUCUGCACGACUUGUCUGCAUCUUGUCUCUCUCUUUCUCUUGACGAGGCCAAAACUUCCGAGGAGGGGACGAAAUAGGCUUAGCCUGAGAUACCCCUCAGUGCAGUCAUGUGACCACCCACCAAAACGGAAAAACGUCAACAAAGACUUUUUACGUUGUCUACAGCAAUGCAGGAGAGCAUCUUUCUACGAAUACUAUGUUCUGGACUCUGAAGAUCGUAUUGGAGAUACUUAUGCUGCAGACUCGGUUCCUUGCAGUGACUGGAUAAUGCUACCAUCAAUCGCCGACGUCAGCCAAUCGCCAAAAAUUGCCAGUCUUGCAACGGACGAGGUGGAUGUGAUAUGA